AUGCCGUCUCUACGAAUCGUGCUCGUGGCGACUUGCUUCGCUUCAGCCUCCGGUGGGGCGUGCACGCCGGUGGAUUCGCUUUAUUGCCCAGUGAAUGAUGUCACGGAGCACGCUGAUAUCAACCGAGAUGUGAAACUCAUCAAGGACCAUCUUAAGGCAAACGACUACACCAGUGCGAAGGCGGUCUACACAGGUGGCAGCUUCUCCUCCAAAGGAGGUGGCAUCAUGCGGACGCUGCAAGCCUUGGCUCAGAAGGCACAAGGGUCCCCAGUCAUGCGUGAAAAGGUAGCGGUGCCAUGCAGUUGCUUGCACGUGUUUGAACUUGCACAUCGAGAUUGGUGUCGCGGAGCGGCUGGUUCCGAUCUAUGGCGACCAGGAGGUUGGCAAGACUCAGGUUGGGACAGAGCACAGAAUGCCGGAUGGCUUUCUGACCACCAGAUGCGCAGCUUCAAUGUGGCCGAUGUGAGGUUCACUACGGCAAUGAACAACGGCCGUUGGGCUGGCUCCUAUGACGAGGCUGCCUUCCCCUAUGCUGAUGGCGAGUGGAGCGAUGAACGUUGGGCGAGUCGCGAGGUCAAGACCAACGAGAAGGUCCCGAUCCCAGAGUUCAGUGGCGAAGGCAAUGAGCAAGAGGUCGGAAAGUCAGCUCGGAGCUAUGUGAGAAAGGUUCAGGUGUGGCUACGUUGCACAAGAAUGCCACCAGCCCAGAGAGCUUUGGCGCUCUACAACUCGUUGACAGACCGGGCUUGGGCCUAUGCCGAAGAACUCGACAUGGACAUCUUGGCGUCGGAGAACGGAGUGUCCUACUACCUGGAAUGGAUUCAGACCAGGUUCAUGGAGGUCGAGAUGACGAAGAUCUCUCAGAUGAUGAACGACCUCUUCCGGAAAUGCAAGCGGAGGCCAGAGCAAUCCGUCAGGGAGUUCAAUGUCGAGUUCGAGCGCAUGGUGCUCAGGCUUCGAGAAGUUCGUUGUGAACUACCUCCUCUGGUGAAGGCAUGGCUGUACGUGGACAAACUGCGGCUUUCAGAACCUGAAGAGCUAGCCCUUUUGGCCAGCGUUGGGAAUGAAUAUGAUGUCAGGAAGCUCCAACAGGCUGCUAUGAUCCAGGAUCGUUCUCUACGACAUGGAGGCGGCAGUGGUGACAGCAGCGGGGGCAGGCCCCGCUGGCAGAACAAGUGGGGAAAGCAGUCUGUCCACAUGACCACGCACGAUGAGGAGGUUUGGUCAAGUGAUGAUGAGCCCAAUGAAGAUGACGAUGAUCGAAACUUGGUGGAGGAGGAUGUGGCCGAGGCGGCUCAUACCGCCUACAUGGCGUACCAAGGUGCAAAAGCCAAGUACAGAGAGGCCCUCAAAGGCCGCGGCGUGGAUCUGGAGGAAGUCAAAAGACGCAACGAAGAGAGAUUGAAGGCGGCGAAGGCACGUUCUUUUUGCAGUGCCUGCAAGCGGCGUGGUCACUGGCAUCGUGACCCUGAGUGUCCUUUGCGGAAUGAGAAAAGGGAGAACAGUGCCAUACCCCAGACCAACCAGGUCAACAUGGCCCGCAACAUUCAGUCCAGUUGCGUUGCCUCUUGCCCAGUGAACUUUGAGGACAAGGACAACGACAAGAUGUUAGCCAUCUUGGAUACUGCCUGCACCAAGUCGGUGGCCGGCUACCAAUGGUUCCAGAAAUUCUAUGAGAUGGCCGACAACCUUGGCAUCCCUUGGCAUGCUGUGGACGAGGUGGACCAGUUCCAGUUUGGUGCCUCCCGCAUCUACAGCUCCAGCUUUGCAGUGUGCGGAUGGUUUGCAAUCCAAGGCAAGUGGUUCAUGGUGAAAGUCGCCAUAGUCCCAUGCCCUGUGCCCCUGCUUUUCAGCAGGCCAGUUCUUUCCAAGCUGGGCGUGCAGUACGAUUUAGCAGCUCAGCAAGUGUCUCUCAAAGCCCUCAACGUAGAUGGCUUGAAUACUGCAACCAGUGACACAGGUCACCCAGCUCUGCCGGUGUCUCAGUUUCCAGAGGAUGCACCUCCCGGCGGUUUUCCUUUAGAUUUUGACGAUGUUUGGGUGCCCGAGCGAGUGUACAUGGUUGCGGCUGCAGGGUUGUCAAGGGUCUCUGAUUUUUGCAGUUCAAAAGAAAGUUUUGAGAAGAACAUUUUCUAUCCCAAGAAGGUCCCUUUGGAAGUUCUCAACAUGCUCAAUUCUGAUGACACAGUCGGUGCUGCAGCGUUUUUCUCUUGGUGGUCACAUGCAAACCAAAGCAAAGAUUUUUGGGUUGAAACGGAGAAAGAGAUGAUUCGAGUGCAUGUGGUCCCAAGACGUUUCCUUUUUGAUCCUAGCAAGUGGAAAACGACUCAGUCUUCUUUGAGAAAUUCUCUGCUUUCUUGCCUCUUGGGUGAAAGAAGGUCUGAAAUGAUUCCAGUUUUGAGUGAUGGAGUUGUCGUCAAGAUUCAUCAUGACAAGAAGUUUGAUGUCCAACUUGAACCUGAAGAAGAGAUUGGACUUUGGAUCGGACGCAGCCGAUUCACGAAGCUCGAGCCUAGCACCUCGGGUCGAGAUCCUUCCAUCGUCGAGCAGCUGCAGAAAGAGCUGAUCAAGAAUCAAGUGCCAGUCCACCCCUCUUGGACGGUACCGGAAUUGCGCAGCAUGGUGAUGGAAACCAGGCAAGCCAAUCUGCACCCUUCUCAGAAGGGUCCCGACGACAUGAAGGGCCUGACAAAGUUCACCCUGGAAGAGCUGACCAAUCAAGCCCGUCAGUUGAACAUCACCCUGCCACCAAAGCCUACCAGGGGCUGGCUGAUCCGGGUUCUGCGGGAAUCCAAAGCAACUCCGGCGGAGACCAUUGUCCCUUUUGGCAAGUUCAAGGGGUGGCUUUAUCGGGAAGUACCAGUGGCCUACUUGCAGUGGGCGGUCAAAGAAUGCGAGGGCAACCAGAAUUGCCACCCCGAUCUGGAGAGACUGGCAACUUGGGGGAAGUGCGAGCUGGAGCGCCUGAAGGAGAAGCACCCUACCAAGGACCCGUCUCAGGAUCCGGAGGCUAUGGCAAAGAUUCCUCCGCCGUCGGCAGCCGAGUUGCGGGAGGGGACGGGCUCGGAUUCGUCCUUGGGCCGAGUGAGCAAUUUUGCUCCCCAGCCCCGCCGCACGCGCCGCUUGCAGGAGAUGAGUGCAAGCGCGGCGGCUGCGGAGGAAGAAGCCAACGAGAUCGACGAGAUCAGGAUGUUGGAGACAUGCCUGGCGACCUUGAAGGAACGCCGAGCCCUGGACGCGAGGAUGAUCAAUGUGGACGAGGACAAGAUCUAUGAACUCAGCGGCUCUGAGUCUGAUGGCCACAAGACACCUUUUGGCACUGACAUCUCGAAGGGCAACAAGCCAUGGUCUGUUGAAUAUGAACUCCGUGGUGCGGAGACUGACUCUGAGGAAGAGUUUGAUUUUGACAUGGGUGACCAGACAAAGGAGUUCACCGGCGAAAACAAUGGGCGUAUGAGUGACAUUUUGUCACCCCGGGAAAAGGCGAAACAGGGCAUGCGAGCUCGCAAGAAAAUGAACAUGGCCACCUCCAAGAAAUUGAAGAGCAACAUGGUAUUUCUAUGCACUCUUUUCACCUCCUGCCUCGGGGCUAUGUCUAGUUUUGCUGGAGAGGUGAUUGGUGAACCCAUGGCAGACGUGCGGGCGGUCUUCACGUCCUCUUCACAGCUGCAGCCAGGUGGGAACAGGGAGGUGGACUGCUUGGAGCUCUUUGCGGGAAAGGCCCGUAUUUCUGAGGCUUUUGCCAAGAAACAUCGUGGAGUCCUUCACCCCAGAGAUUUGCUCUACGGUCAUGAUUUUCGCCAUGAAGAGACACAGAACGAGAUCGUCGGCGAGAUAGCAGCACAUCGCCCAGGACUGGUUUGGAUGGCCCCCCCGUGCACUGUGUGGGGCAAUUUUUCCCGGUUGAACUACGGAGACCAAGAACGCCGCAGACUACGUCGGCGGGAAAUGAAGCUCAUCAAGUUUGCUGAUGAGGUGAUGCGACUCCAGGUGCAACUGGGAGGUCAAUUUGUGGUGGAGAAUCCUCGGGGGUCCGACAUUUGGCGCACCCCUGAUUUCCAAGACUGGAUUUCCAGUGGGAGAGCCCAGAUCGCCAAGGCCGAUCUUUGCAGCUAUGGCAUGAAGAACAUCUCAGGGGACUUCCCUCUUUUGAAACCUCUUUCCCUUUUAUGCUCCAAUGAGGUUUUUGCACAGCAUAUUCAACGACUCUGUGAUGGAGGACACGAGCACAUGCCUAUUCAUGGGGCUAACACUGCCCACUCGGCGGUCUACCCCACUGCCUUUGCCAAUGCGGUCUUGAAGAGCUACGAUAAGAGUCAACAGCAUCAUGUGGCCUUUCCUACAGCCUCAACUUCUUCCACGGCAUUGCCCCUUCAAGCUCAAGAGACAGUUGAUCCUGAGCCUUAUGGAGCCAAAGCCAUCAGCUUUAAGGGGAAGGUCAAUCCUACGAUAGCUGCUGCUCUCAGGAGGGUGCAUCAGAACUUGGGUCAUCCUCCAAAUCGUGAACUCAUCAAACACCUGCGGAUUGGCGAGGCCCCACAAUCCGUUUUGCACGCGGCUGAACAGCUGGUCUGUAGGACAUGUGAGAAGAGCAGCAAGGCAAAGCCACACAGAGUCAGCGCCCCGGUAGUGGCAUUAGACUUCAAUGAGGUCGUUGCAGCUGACAUUCUCUGGGUUGACACGGCCGACAAACGCAACCUUCCAGCACUGAACAUCGUCGACCUGGCAUCCACCUACCAGGUGGUGAUACCCCUGCCGGGAACGAAGUCUUCUGAUGUUUCCCUGGCAUUCACCUCAGGUUGGAUCCAAUGGGCGGGAGCACCUCGCCAAAUUUUGGUUGACCUUGACUCAGCGUUCAAGGACCAGUUCCUCACUUUGAUGGAUGAAAAGUGCAUCAUUGUGCGGAGUGCCGCCGGUCAGGCCCAUUGGCAAAACGGAGUCUGCGAGCGGCAUGGAGGCAGCUGGAAGGAGAUCUAUGCAAAGCUUCUGGAGGAGCACCUCAUCUUAGAGGAGGAGUUCACGGAGGCCUGUGCUGCCGUGUCUGACGCAAAGAAUCAGCUCCGCAAUCGCAGUGGUUUUUCUCCAAGGCAAUGGGUGUUUGGUACAAAUGGCCGACAGAUCGGGGAUCUCUUCGACGGCACCAAUGACAUGGCAUCUAUCCCCGUCGAAAGCCCCGAUGCAAAAUUUGCCCGGAGCACUGUGAUCAAGAAUGGCGCACGGGCAGCUUUCUUCAGAUGCCAGACGAAGGAUGCCCUUGACCGAGCCAUCCUUCACAAGCCGCGCAUCCAACCAGAGAAUUACAACGUGGGUGACAUGGUUUUCAUCUACCGAGAGAUGCGCCAGGGCAAGGGCAAGAAACCCUCAGCUGCUUGGACUGGACCGGCCGUUGUUAUCGGCCGAGAAGGUUCCAACUACUGGAUGGCGAGGGGCGGUCGAUGCCUUCUUGCAGCGCCCGAGCACAUCAGGCCUGCAGAUGCUGAAGAAGUGGGCGAAACCCUCCGGAUCAAAAUGGCCAUGAAGGAAGUCCGCAACUUGAUGACUUCUCUCCAAGGCGAAGAAUAUGAAGAAGCUGAUGAUGGUGCAGCUCCAACAGAAGAUAUGGUGGUGGACACAGACGUCAACCAACCUGCUGGAGCAGACAUGGAGGUGGAAGAUCCUUUGCAUGGAGGAGUCCCUGGCCCCCAAGAUCGUCUAUGGGAGCAGGUCUCUGCGCGAGAAGACCUGAUUCGUAGCUCUGUCAGGAGGUCUCAAGCUUUGGAUGACGUGCCUGCCUGCUUGAAGAAGCCCAGAGUCCAGUUCAUGGUCAAGCGAUGCAUCUCCGAGAAGGGGAAGGAGAAACAACUUGAGAAGGAGCUCCCCUGGGGUUUGAUACCCCCAGAUGAAAGGGAGAUGUACCGUGAGGCCGAGCUGAAACAGUGGCAGGAGCAUGUGGAGUUUGGCGCCGUUAGACCUCUAUCUUUGUCAGAGUCUGAAGAGGUGCGCCGAAGGGUGUCACCCGACCGCAUUUUGCGGUCUCGUUUUGCAUAUAAGGACAAGAACUACGCAAAGAGAAAGUGCGAUCCUUCAGUGCCUGCCAAGCCUAAGGCACGACUCUGCAUCGCUGGACAUUGUGACCCUGACCUCGGGCGAGUUGACAUGCAGGUCGACGCUCCCACUGCCUGCCGCCACUCCAUUCUUUUGGCGUUGCAACUUUGUCUUUGCCGAGGGUGGCAUGUCAGCGUUGGGGAUAUCAAAGCUGCGUUUUUGAAUGGGGUUCCUGCACCACGCAAACUCUAUUUCUCUCAGCCCAAGAAUGGCAUCCCUUCUUUGUCACAGGGUCAAUUGGUCGAAGUUCUCAAAGGAGUGUUUGGUUUAUCAACUAGCCCCAAACUAUGGUGGAUGAAGCUCUCCAAGGAGAUCCUUGCAAUCAAGAUCACCAUUACUGGGCGAACUUUGAUCAUCAAACAGAACACCAUCGACCCUUGCGUCUUUCAGGUUUGUGACACGCAUGAGGGUGGCAAUGUGAGGGGCAUCCUGCUGACCCAUGUUGAUGACAUAAUGCUCAUGACUGAGAAGGACUUGGUAGAGCCUAUUCAGAAAGCUCUGCAAGAGAAGUUCCCAGUGGAAGAGUGGGUGGCCGACGAGUUUGAGUACGUCGGCUGCGAGUACAAAUGUACUCCUACUGAGAUCCACAUUACCCAGAAGCAUUACACGGCUGGGAGAGUUGACAAGGUCACAGCCAAGGCUUUGCCUGACGGCUCAACAAGCCGUGAACAGAUCGAAGAGAACCGCACUUCAAUAGGAAGUUUGUCUUGGCUGGCGAAACAGACCCGUCCUGACCUCCAGUUUUGUGUUUCCCAGGCUCAGAAACGUCAGAACAAUCCAUCGCAGGAUGACAUCAAGAAAACGAAUAAAGCGGUGGAUGCGGCUUUGGCGUUUCAGGACAAGGGGAUUGUUUUGAGGUAUGUGGCGGAGAAGGAGAUUGCAUUUGUCACUUUUCAUGAUGCCGCAUGGGCAAACGUCUCAGAAGAAGGAUCUGAGAAUGACCUUCAGUGGCUGGGGGAUCACCAAUUACGAUCCCAACUUGGUAGCUUAGUCUUAGUCACCAGCAAGCAGGCCUUCAUUGAAGGCAAAAGCGACUUCAGCAUCAUUGAUUGGAAAAGCAAGGGUAGUACCAGAGUGUGCAGGUCAACUUUUGCUGGCGAAACCAUGGCAUGUUGCGAAGGCGUAGAAAGUGCUCUUUUUCUUCGGUGCCUCUUCCUCUCUUUUGCAAGAGGGAUUUCCAUCUCUGAAGACGACAGUGGCAGAUUUGCGCCGCUCCACUGUGUCACGGAUUGUCGCAGUCUCUAUGAUCAUCUUCAUCGAGAGGGGGUUCCAAAAGCGCCUGCGGAGAAGAGAUUGGCAAUUGACCUGGCAGGUCUCCGCCAGAUUCUGAUGAGGGAAGCCAAACAUCAAUGGCAUGAGAAGUACGGCACCGUCGGAGAUCCAACUCCCGACAAACCGUGCCGACCACCCUUGCAUUGGCACAAGGGUCCCCAGUCAUGCGUGAAAAGGUUUUGUUUGUCCUUGCCUCAUGUUGAGAACAUCCAGCCUUUUGGUCGCGAGUUAUCCCCUCUGAUGCUGGUGGAUGUCGACAUGACGGUCAAUGGCAAAUACACCAAUGUCUUCUUCUCGGGAGCGUUGGAUCUCUACGGAUCCAUUGAUGGAAUUUGGCACAACUACAUCAUCGCCUGCCUGGACGAUACCGGUUUUUGCGCAGGCAAGUCACAUGACUUCAAGUCAUACAUCAUCAACAAGUGUCUCAUCGGAGUGGUGACGGCCUACGCGACCUAUGAAUUGGGGGCAGCUGUUUGGAAAGCUGGAGAAAACAUGACCGCUGAUGACGAGGCGGCUUACGCCUGGGAUGAAGGGGCUGCCUUCCACAUUGGCAACAUCGAGCCUGUGAUUGGAGAUGGGUACACGGGGAAAGCCCCUGGAAACCUCUACUCUCCCUAUGAGUUCAACUGGAAGCGUGAUGACGACUUUGAUGAUGGUCUAUCAACCCAUGCAGCGGCUCCACCCACCUUGAACUUUGGUUUGCUCAACGUGCGUGGCACCUACAAUGCAGCCAAUGUGGCUUCAGCACAGCUGGCGAUGUAUAAGAUCUACUCCAUUGCGGCCAUCCGAAGCGCCUUGAAGUAUGCCAAUAAGGCUUAUAACAACGGGACGUUUCAGGAGAAAUACCUGGCAGAAGGUUGGGCCUAUUGGCGAAGCGCCUCUGGGUACAUAUCAACGGUGAACAAGACAAUUGUGCAGCAGGUCGAUGCGUUGUUUGAUCUAUCUUUGACGGAUAUGCCUGCUGAUACAGAUUGUACGAUCAAGAGCUUGCUGGAACCGAUGUACCCAGACCUGGGCAUCACUUGCGCCAUGGUGGGCACCUGGAAGGACGUCAGAGAGAUUUCCGGCCAUUGCCUGGCCACCGCCUGUGACGAUACGGGGAACAGCGCCACCUUGGGCGACUCCUCCACCGCCUGGGUGGACAUGUGCAAGGCCAUCCCGAGCACUUCGGAGUCGGAGAUGGAAAACAGCGGCUUUACCGCCAGCGUGGCAGCGGCAAUGCCCCUGUCAAUCUUGGCGAUCUUUUUCUAA